AUGCUUCAAGAGUUACCGUUAGAAAUAUUAAACCAAAUCAGUUACACCUUGGUUCCAAGUGAUGCAUUGCAUUUGGCAUAUACCAAUAAGUAUUUGUACUCCUGCCUUUUACCAAGGCUUUACUCGUCUUUGGUUAUCGAUUCGAGUAAGAAAAAUUAUCAGAAUCAGCAUUUAAUCAAGCAUAAGUCAUAUCAACGGAUUCCAAAUAUUCUUAAAGCUACAAGUAGUCAAACGAUCCAUUCAACUAGUAUUAAGUCGAUUUACGCGUUAAGAUUGGUUUUCAAAAACUUGGCUAAUCACCCCAGUUACGCUAGCUAUAUUCAAAUUUUGAUCAUAGAUAAUGAGUUCCCCGAUAUAUCUAAUUUGGAAAUAACCCACAUGUUGAGCCAGAUCAUGCCGCUAUUAACAAACUUGAAGGUAUUCCACUGGUUUUCGUUAACCAAAAUGAUUCCUUUUGAAUUGUUGUAUGAGUUGAAAUUUCCUAACAAGCUAUUAGAAUUAUCGGGGAAUUUCAUCUACACUAGUCAAACAAAUUUGGCUGGCUUCAACAACUUGAAGAUAAUAAAUUUAUCGAGUUUCCAAAAUUCAGCCAAUUUGGCCAAAUUUGAAAAUUUGGCUAGCUUGCCGAAUUUGUCAAAAGUGAUCAUUUCCAAAAAUUUUAGUUGCAAUAAUCAGCUAUUAUCAUCCAAAAACAUUACCUCCAAUAGUUUAUUGACCAUCCCCGAUUCUGAUCCUUACUUAUCGGUAUUGUUCCCCCAAUCUUCUACAAAGAAGUUGAACUUAUCAAGUUUCUGCUUGAAAGAUAUCAACCUUGAUCUUAAAGAUGUUGACCAUCUUAUUUCAAAUAUCAAUCUCAAUCACUUGAAUGAAUUAUCAAUUAAAAAUUGUACCGAAUCCUUCUUUCAUCAAAACAUCCUGAUAAACGGAUUAAGAAGAAACUUACCACCAGUCACCUUCUUAGAUAAACUAACCCCUUUCUUAACCAACUUAACAAAACUCAAUUUAGAUUUAUCGAAUGAACUUUAUAAUAAUGACUCGAUUUUUAAAUUUUUGUCCAAUUUACCAAAAUUAACUCAUCUAAUCAUAAAAUUAAACUUCAAUCAAUAUGAAAAUAUUAAUUAUCAAUUAUUUAAAUUCUUCACUAAUUUAAAACCAAAUUUAACUUACUUAAAUUUUGAUUUCGAUAUUUCAUCAAAUAUCAUUUACCCUCCUCCUAAUUAUGCAAAACCAGCUACUUUCAAUUAUACUCUAUCGUCAAUUGAAAAAUUAUCUUCGCUCAAAAACUUAUAUUACUUAAAAUUCCCAAUUCUGCAGUUCCAAAUUCCUCAAUUCCUACUUUUAAUUAAACCUUUAUCUAAAUUAUCUCACUUGCAAUUAGUUUUAUUACAAUCUGCCUGUGAAACCCCGUCCCCCAUCUUGACCAAUAAUCUCAUCUGUCAAGACUAUUUCAAUACCUCUUUUCUUUUGGAUUAUAAACUCAAUCAAAUCGAUCAAUUCAAAAUCUAUGCUCUGGAUUUUAAACAGUCUUUAUCCAAUUUGAAAUACUUAUCUUUCAGUAAGAAAGAUGAUCAUUUCGUUUUUGAUUGCAUCGGCCAAGUUCACUUGAACCUGGAUUUAGUCAAUGACUUUGAUCACCUAUUGAAUAUAUAA